AUGGAAAAUUUCCAUUUCGAUUCAAUUUUACCCUAUUUCUUUGCUAGUAUUUUAUUAAUUAUUGGAUAUUUUGCAAUCAAGUAUCCGGAUAGAGCAGCUGGCACUAGAGAUCUUAAAGGACCAAAAGGGUUUCCAAUAAUCGGUAACCUGAUUACAACGUUACGUAAAAUCGAAACAUUUAAUGAUUAUCUUCUUGAACAAACCAAAAAAUACGGAGACAUUUACACAUUAACUUUGCCAGGUCCAAUAAGAAUGAUCAUAAUUAAUAUACCUGAAUUGUUGGAGUAUAUAUUAAAAGAUAAUUAUCUUAAUUAUCCGAAAGGCCCUUAUUAUUCUCAACUUAGUUCAGAUUUGUUUGGCUAUGGAAUUUUCAAUACAACCAUGGAAAUUCCAAAGAAGAAUUAUAAGCCAGCUGCAGAAAACGGAGAAAGCAUAGAUCUUACGAAUUUAUUCUUUCGUUUCACAAUGGAUACCUUUGUAAAGAUCUGCUUUAAUGAGAAUCUCGGCACGUUGACAGAUCUUGAAAAUACUCCACUUUUCA